AUGACGGCCUACAUCCCGCACGGCGUGAUUCCCGCCAACCUGCUGCCCUUCACGCCGGAUUGGAAAAUCGACGCCCCGGCGUAUCGCCAACACCUGCGCGAUCUGGCCGCAGUGGAGGACAUCACCGCAAUCACCACCAACGGCCACGCCGCCGAGGUGCACGCGCUGUCUGUGGACGAGCAGCGCGAGGUGCUGGACAUUACCCUGGACGAACUGGGCGACAGUCUGCCCAUCAUUUCCGGCAUCUACGCGGACGACUCCCUGCAAGGCGCCCGGCUGGCCCGCCUGGCCCAAAGCGCCGGAGCCCGGUGCCUGCUGAUUUUCCCGCCGCAGCCCUUCAUCAUGGGCGCCCAGCGUCGUCCCGAGAUGGUCCUGACACAUUUCGCCACCAUCGCUUCGGCGACCGAUUUGCCACUCAUCGCUUUCAAUUACCCGCUGGCCGGCGGGCAGGGCUAUACCACGGACACCCUCGUCCGCCUCGCCGAAACGGUUCCCUCCGUCGUCGCCAUGAAGGACUGGUGCAACGACGGGCUGCAACACACCAACAACAUCAACGCCCUGCACAACCUCGGACGCCCCUUCUCGGUACUCAGCACCCACAGCGCCUGGCUGCUCUCCUCGCUGGUGCUGGGCUGCGAUGGCCUGCUGUCCGGCAUGGGCAGCGUCGUGGCCGAUCUGCAAGUGGCCCUUUGGCAGGCGGUGCAACGUUGCGACCUGGCCGAGGGCCAGCGUCUGCACGAACUUCUGCGUCCCUUGGUGCAGGUUUUCUACGCAGCACCAGCCGUGGACAUGCACAAUCGCAUGAAGGAAGCUCUGGUUCUGUUGGGAAGACAGCAGCGCGCGGUCGUGCGUCCACCUCUCGUUCCCAUCACCCCGGUCGAACGAGAAGCGUUGCGUCGCGCCCUGGUUGAAGCGCAGUUGUUGACGCUCUCCGCAGCCGACUGA